AUGAAUGGAAAGAAGAAGUGUAAUGUGUUCAUGAUUGAUUUGAUAUCGACCAGUGAGGAGAAGAGAAUGUUCUUAGACCGUGUCUUCUUUCUUCCCCAGAGGCUUACGAGGAUUCUGGCGGCAAUUAAGUCGUUUGAGCAGUCGAAGGUAUUUCUGAGCAGGCCUUUGAAGAAAAAUAUGCCUAGGAGCCACAAGAUGAUAGGAAUUCCAAUGGAUCUGGGGAUUGUCCAGAAGAAGAUAGGGAAAUAUAAGUCCUUUGAGGAGUUUAAGGCGGAUCUUGAUCUGAUUUGGGACAACUGCCUCAGAUUUGACCAGGAGAAGCACCACAGGGACUGCGCCACCAAGAUGAGGGAAGUGGUAAGCACAUUCGAGAUAGAAGUGGUUCCUGUGUGCAUGGAUCCGGGAUUUCCGAUGAAUUCUAGCUUUUGGGAAGGAGGUGAGAAUCAAGGACCCUGUAUCAAGCAUGCAAUUAGAAAGAUGGCCGCCAGGGUUCUCCUUUCGACAGGGUAUGGCUUCGCCUCGAGGACUGCGCUCUGGGUGCUCUGUGAUGCUUUUCAGCGCAAGAUGCUCGAGAUCAUAAAGGAGGUGGUGGCGGAGAGGGCUGGCGGAUAG